AAAGAGAGAGAGAGAGAAAGAGAAAGAGUUUGGCUUUCCACUUGCUGGCUGUUUGGUUACAGGAACACUCCUACAACACGGAUGGACUCGCGCGCAAGGCAAAACAUGAAAAAUCAAGACACACGGGAGAGGAAGAUUACUGGAAGAGGGUAGAUAUCUACAACAUAAACAAUCGUUUCCAUUUUUUUUUGGAAAUGUACUGAAGGACCAGGAAAAACAAAACAAAUGUGCCCGUUUACCCGAGGAUGUGGGUAGGAGACGAGACGCCUUGAAAUUACGCUUCUCUUCAAGAGGUUUCACAACUUGUCGCACUACAGACCAGUAUUAUUAAAUGUGAAACGGAUAUUAAUAAGUGGAAAACAGCAAUACUGGCAACAAUGUCGACCAACGGAACGGGGAAUGACUACACCUACAUACGCGUGUGCGCGUCCACCCUGUCCUUCACAAUUUUGGCAUUCUUCAACCUUAUAAUAAACUGGACUAUUUUACGGGAUGAACGGCUUCGCUGCCAGGCACGCUUUGUCCUGUUAUUCCACUUACUGUUUUCCGCCCUGGUUUACUUCGGGGUCAGUUGCGCCUUCUACCUGCAGAUACACGUGAAUGCCAGAACCCCUGAAGCCGCCUGCCAGGCACUGAUAACCUUUUUAAUAACCAGUGCCUCAAAUAUUCUCCUCACCCUCACUGCCAUGGCUCUUGACCGCUACUUGGCUAUUUGCUUCCCGCUCAAAUACAGUUCCAUGUGUUGGACGAAGUGUCCCUGGCUCAUUGGAAUGCUUACGUGGGGUUUGGCUCUGGUUACCCCACUGAUUCUGUUGCUGAACAUGGAGGGGGGAACAGUUAUGGUCAGAGAACAACCAUGCGGCCGAGAGCAGUUGAAAAAAGGCGAGAUCCACAAAAUAAUUUUGAUAUCUGUGUGCGCCAUCCUCAUUUUGUUCAGCUAUGGCAAAAUCUUGCAGGAGGGCAGGCGUCUCGGCGUGCUGACUCGUCGCAAUCGCGUCGGGUGCAGGACUAUAGCGUUGCAUGGCGCCCAACUGGCUGUGUACAUCCUCCCAAAUUUUGUGAACUUUGUGCUGCACCUCCUUCAGAAGCACAACUAUCUCCUCCGUGACCACAAAGACAUGUUCGCAGUGAUAAACUUUGUAUUCUUCAGCCUUGCUCAGUGCAUUGCUCCCAUCGUCUACGGAUUGCGCAAAGAGGAGCUUCUGGAGCAACUGUACCAUCGCUUCCCAUGCCUGUCCUGUCACUUGAAAAGGGUCCUGGAGUGGACAGUACGAGCCACUCAACCAAGUCUGUGUCCACAGACACGGGAGAGAACAAUUACUUCCCAAAGCCUCAUGUUAACAGAGCUUUCAAGGACAUCUGUGUGAGUGGGCAAGAGAAGACCCCUGGCAGGAAUGAUGGAAGGGAGAAAUAAACUGAACAAAACACAAAAAGAUUCUCAGCCUUCUCAGUAGACACCCAUAUCUGAGGUUCACCUAUGGAUAGAGCUGGAAUUUUACUGAAGAAACUGAACACGCACAGUACGAGUACACAGACACUGGCAGUAUUCAAACCUGCAGGAUUCUGGUCACAGGAUCUCCUUUCUAGCACUACUCCACACAGCAGAAGAACACAUGAUUUUACUUUGAUGGAAUGGAGCUUAAGGGACACUUGGACCCUGGUCACUAUCUGUGCAGUCCAUUCUCUGUACAGCAGAUAGCAAGGAGCUAUUCAAUGUCAAGGAUGCCAGUGAACAUGCAAGCACUUCACAGUGGAUUUCAAGGGGUGUGUACAAAUCUCAUAGUAGAAAACCAGAAAUGAUAUGAUCAAAGCCAAUUCUGGCUCCUGUGAAUUAUAUAAGCUAUAGGUUGAAUGAUAAAGCAAAGUGUAUUUAUUUAUAAUUGACAUUAAUAAUGAGUCUAUCAAUGACAGAAAUGUGCUGUAUUUUAAUUAAUAAUGGACACAUCAUUUACAGUCACAUGCAUGUUUUUACAGUAUUACUGGAUAUUAAAACUCAGUUUCAAUCCA